AUGUUUUGCUUUUGGAGAUUGUGCCAGGAGGCUUUAGCAGGCAUCCCAUGGGCUGGCCGAUCAACUCUGACUGGGCUUUUCGUGAGAGUAGCAGAGCGUGGGCCCAAGGAUCCAGCGAUAUGGAAACGCCUCACUGCGCGUGCGGAUGUCAUCGCCCACUCGCUCACGCCAAAGCAAGCCUCCUUGAUCCUUUCCUCAAUGGCUCGGAGUCGGCACUCUCAAGACAACUUCUUGCAGCGCUUUAGCCUGAAAUUUGCGCCAUCGCUGGUCUCUCAAGCAGAAAUCAUUGAUUUGUGCGGAAUUGUAAGCGGCCUCAGCCAGUUGAAUGUUUAUCAAGAAGAGCUCUUUGCGAUGACUUCUCAGCGACUUCGUGAGGUGGCUCCGCAAUUGGAUGCUCGUCAGGUUUCCUUGAUGGCCAAUGCCUUCGUGAAGGCUGGCCAUUUGGACAUGGAGCUUUUCCAGCGCUUACUGAAACAGGCGCUACGGCAGUUGUCCAAGUUUACUGCCAAGGAUGCUGCUGUUAUGCUCAAUGCCUUUUCGCAGGUCCCGGAUUUCCAGGUAAAGGAGUGGGAUGACACAUUCCUGGAUGAAAAUACGCGGGAACUGAAGACAACACUGGAGGCACUAGCUUUGCGCCUUCCUGAUCUUCUUCCCAAGGCCGAUCUCCAUUCGUUGGCUUUGAUUCUCAAUGCCUUUGCCCAGCUGCAAUUUGUGCAGAAGGAUUUGUUGGAUCUUAUGAGUCAGGAGCUGUUGUUGAAUGAGGAGAAGCUCCAGAAGCUGACACCUAGGCAGCUUGCCAUGGUCCUCAAUGCCAUUGCGAGGCUUCAGCUGCAUGAACCUCGCUUGAUCGAAUUGCUUUCCUCCGUUGUACGCAGUGGCGCCCAUGCAUUGGACCCGCAGGGCCUAUGUUUGGUGGCCAAUGCUUCAGCCAAAUUGCAGUUGGGCCUUGAGACCUUCCAAGUGCUCUUUGUUCGCAUCCCCAAACUACUAUCUCGCUUCAGUGGACGUCACUUAGCGAUGCUUUGCCAUGCGUGGGCAAAGGCUCACAUUCACAAUGAUGAUUUGUUCGAGCUUUUGAUUUUGCCACUCGCAAGCCACGCAGCACGCCUGGAAGCACAUGAGGCUGGACUCCCCUGCUGGUCAAUGUAUUCUGACUAA